AUGGAGGAAUUUGGGAGUCAACAGGCUGAGGGCCGUCUACAAGCUGCUGGUAGUAAUGUCCGUGGUGUACAAUGGCCCCCUCCCGAAAAUAUAUCAGAACCUGAGGCUUUCGGUGCUGGUAGGAUGCAAGUUCAAUGGCCACCUACUGAACAGGAAGAGCGGGAAGUUCAUCAAGUAGAAAUUCUUCAAACUCAUUUGCCUACAAAACCGCAUCAGAGAGAAUGGCCACCGGCUCAUUAUGUUGCUGCGCAAGUUGGAGGGGUUGAAGCACAAUAA